AUGGCCGAUGUUGUGGACAUCGUAGUAGACCAGGCACUCGACCCGGCUAAGCUCCCUUCCAUGAAGAAUAUCACAACAACCACCCGCAGUGAAGUCUCCAACUCGAGAACCCAACCGUUACUGUCCGAGUAUACCAAUUCAGCUGUUUCCUCCUUCAGUUCGGCCCGCGCUCUUUGCAUGCCGCCGAACGAUCUGGGCUACGAUCCAGCCACUACGCCGAGGAGCGCAGACGCAGCAUGCGAUGGCACACCGCCUUAUUAA